AGGUAUUUUAAGCCCAAACACAAAGUUCCGGAUAUUUGAGAAAUUUCCCAAAUGUGAAGAAUAAUUUGAGAAUUACGUCAAAACCCCAAGGAUACCUAAGGAAAUUUUUUUUUAGGGCCAAACUUGCGCAGUGGAAAAUCCACCAUUUUUCCCAAAGUUGUGAGAGAUGUGCACUGUUACAUGAUUGGAGUGUUCAACAUUUCAAGUUUCAACCUAAAAUUCAUGUACAUAGUGAGAAAGAAAAAUCGAUAAUGGCGGAAAUAUGUUCAGACAAUAACCUAGGGUGAAUAAUGGAAAAAUCAAAAUUUGCAAUAAAAAAAGAACGGAGGACAGGUUAGUAUAAAAAUUUACAUUGAUAAAAGCCUGUGAUAUCUGAACUGCAGGUGAAGUGAGUAAGUACUAGUGAUUUUAUUAGUAAGUUGCCAGCUAACACUAGAAUCAUGAGAAGUGAGUACAUGAGUGUUAUUUUAGCAAUGAUAUGAGUCGAUCGAGGAUGUUGUCAUAUUGGAUGGCAACGAGCUGUUUAAAAAUGACUGUUAAGUAGUGUGGGUCGAACUUCAAAGGAAUGCACAAAUCGACCAAAGGUGUGAUUUGUAAAUCUAUUUAUUUGUUGCAUUUAAAACGAAACGGGGGAAGUAUAUAGGUAUAAGUGUUGGACAUUUAGGAUUUAGGAAGGUCAUAUUACGAAGAUGGUAGUCGAGCAUAUCUUGAGAUGGAUGCGUGGGAAUUGACUAGAUGAUGCACCAAUAAGGGUAGUGUCAUUGUUGCUGCUGCUUUCCUUUUUUCAGUUUUAAAAGACUGUUAAGUCAACACUUUUAUGUUGAAACUUCCAACCUACUUCCUCCACUUGUUCUAUGAAAGCCGAUGAGUUCCCAUCAGAAAUGAGAGCAGCCUAGUGGGUAGUUAGCCAUUUCCAUUUCCAUUUCCCUGCAUCUCUCUCUGACACAUACUAUCUUCCUUGCUCUCAAUUUACUGGAAAGAAUGGCCUUAGAAUUUGUCUCUGGGUUCAUUGUGUCAUCAUUAUUACAAGAGUUGGUAGAUAAGAUCAAAGCUUCAGCUGCUGAUACAAUUGGUCUUGCAUAUCAUUCUGAUGUGGAGGAUGAGCUCAAACAACUCGAGGCAACUUAUGUAAAAAUUCAGUCCAUGCUUGAUAAUGUAGAUGGACGGGACCUGAUAUCGAGCAAUUGGCACCAAAAGUGGGUGGCAGAUAUCAGAAGAGCUUGUUAUGAGACGGAAGAUUUUACAGAAGGUCUCAAUCUUGAGAUUCUUGAGAAGGGGGAUGCUGGAUUUCCCUGGUCUUACUGGACAAAAUGGGGCUUGUCUUCAAAAAUCCGCGAGUUGCAAAGAAAUCUGUUACAUCUAAUAAAUCCACCAUAUCAUUUUUUUGUAAAAACUCCUGGAUUUUGUGAUGCGAGACACCUUGGUGUGGACAAAGAACCGAUGAUUGUACCUGACGAUGAAAGCUUCCAAAGAAAACAGGACAAAGAAAGCAUUAUUCGGUUGCUUCUGCAAUCAAGCAGCAGCAGUGUGGUUCUGAUAGCAGGGAUGUUCGGGGUGGGAAAAACUGCAUUAGCCCAAGUGGUCAAGAACGACUCAUCAAUACAAAGUCAUUUUGAUCACAGAUUAUGGGUUCCUGUGUCGGGGGAUUUCAAUCUCAUGAAGGUUUUAUGCUCGAUGAUCUUAGACCUGCAGCUUGAGCAAAUCAAAGAGGCCAGAUCAAUUUAUUCUCCUCCAUUCCCUGAGCAGCAAUAUACAAGGCUGUUUAUGGGCUUGUGCAAGGAGAGAAGGAUUCUCAUCGUGCUUGAUGACUUGUGCAAUUUUGUGAAGCCUCAAGAUUGGGAAGAUUUCCAAUCUCUCCUCCUUGAUCCCUCUUGUGUGUUUGCCGUUCUCAUUACCACCCGCAACCCAAGAGUUUCCUCUAUAGUUGCUUCUCUUAGUAGGAGCACUACUGCUUCCUACUAUUUGCAACAGAUGUCUGAUGAGGAUUGUGGGUUGAUCCUGCAGAAAAAAGCUGAUAUUGCAGCUGUCAACAAGCGAACGCGUUGUGGGAAGAAUAUGUCAGCAGUUGUUGCAGUUCAGAUAGCUGAGAAAUUUUGCAAGGGCUUGCCUUUGGUGGCAAAUAUGAUUGGGAACCGCCUCUCCUUGAAGCAAGAACAUAGUUUGUCUACUAUGCUACAGAAAGACUUGUGGUGCAUGCCAGAAUUCAGAGAACAAAUCUUUCCAGCUUUCAGAUUAAAUUAUUCUGAUCUCUCCUUCUUUCUGAAAAAUUGUUUCCCUUACUUUUCUCUCUUUCCUAAAGAAUAUGUCUAUAGGAAGGAUGAUUUGGCUCGGUUAUGGUUGGCAGAGGGCUACAUUAAACCCCAAUUUUCAGGUUUCCAAUAUUCAGACUGCUCAGAGUAUGCAAUUUUAGAAGAACUUGCCAAUCAUUACUUCGAUGAUGUAUUAUCCCAAUCCAUCCUUCAGAUAUACCACCCAUUUGAUCAAGAGGCACAUGUCUAUAAAAUGCACGAAUUUGUUCACCGCUAUUCUCAAUUUAUAGGCUCCGACAUGUAUAUUCAGCUUGAUGAGCAAUUUGUGGGUGCUUUUUCAAGUUCCACAAGCCAGAUGCUGAAUUCCGCAGAUAUAACUACUCGAUAUAGAAAUUGUCGACAUCUUUCUUUGCUUUGUCCAAGUAUUGCAAGGCCAUUAUGGAAGGAUAUAGAAAGACAUUCAGAGGGCCUUAGGACAAUUCUUUCCCUAAGUGAACACAUAAGCGUUGGCCAAGUCAGCUACACCCUUUUUCUGAAACUACAAUCCUUGCGAGUACUGAACUUGAGUGGAACUGAUAUAAGUGAGCUACCAGAGUCUCUGGGUAAACUCAAACAUCUCCGGCUCCUUGAUGUUUCCAAGACUGAUAUCCAAGAGUUUCCAGCAUCCAUUACUGACCUUCAUAUGUUACAAUUUCUCAAAGCUGAUCAAUGUCCUCUGCUUCUUCAAUUACCCAAAAAAACAAGAAAAUUGUUUCAUUUAUUACACUUGAGGUUGACAUCAAGGGUUUGAGUUCUAUGCCGUCUAAGAUAGGGAACCUAAGUAAUCUUUGUACCCUUCCUGCAUUUAUGGUAGGUAGAAAGGAUGGGUAUCGUCUCACAGAAUUGAAGAAUAUGAAGAACCUCCAAGGAUCGAUUUGUCUCACGAACCUUGAAAAUGUCAAAGAUGAGGAAGAAGCAAAGGAAGCAAUGUUGAAAAAUAAGCCAUUCCUUAAAAGAGUAGAGCUUGAAUGGAACAGAUACUCAACGCAUCAAUCAGUCACUGAAAAUGUCCUCGGCUCCUUAGAACCACAUGAAAAUUUAGAAGAGUUACAAGUAACAGGAUAUAAUGGCGCUCAAUUUCCAAGUUGGCUUAGUAGUCCUGAGUGUAACUUAACUAGCAUUCACUUGCUAAGAUGUGACCAGUGUAGCAUCUUGCCAACACUGGGGAAACUUCAACACCUGAAAGUUCUUCAUAUUGAGGAGAUGCAUCGUGUAGAAAACAUCAGUGUUCAAUUUUCAGGAAUAGGAUUGGAUGCAGGAUUCCCAUCAUUGGAGUCUCUGAAAUUCCAAGACAUGACAAGCCUCACGAAAUGGGACGGGUUACAAGCGACUCAAAUGCCUCGCCUUCGUGAACUCAACAUCAUAGAUUGUCCAAAUCUAAUUGCCCUUCCUUCACUAAACUUGCUUGCUUCUUUGAGAAACCUGGAAAUAAGCUACUGUCCUGAGUUGCAGGCAUUGCCUGAGAAAGGCUUGCCCUUGUCAUUAGAAACAUUAAUUAUUGUAAAAAGUGAUCUGUUGAAGGAGUGUUGCUUACCAAAUCAAGGUGUAGAUUGGGAAAAGAUCAAAGUCAUACGCAAUGUAGUCAUUGAUUUUGUGCAGAUACCAACACUUGCCUGAUAAACUUAGUCACUUUUGUACUGAUAAUCCUUUUUCGGAUUUCAUUUGGAAAAUUGAUUUUAUUAUUUUGGAAAGAGUUAGAUUGUGAUUGGUUUGUAAUAGGAUUUUUUUAUGGACUAGAAUGCCCAGGUUAUGAGAUUACUUUUA